GCAAAUCGCAAAUUUCGAAUUUCAGUCGCAAAUCAGUCUUUAAAGCCCAAUUUGCAAUAAAUCGCCCAUACUGGCAAUACUGUACUCGACAGUUAUCGUAGGCACGCGUGUUUUCCAUGCGCAAGCCUGGUCGGAAAAUCGAUAAACCUGAAAAGCGUUUAUAGACCCCGCGUGAGUCGCCACCAAGUUAGUGAGUGUGCAUACGACGACGGCGACGAUCGACGUCGAGCAGAACGAUCGUAGUCAUUCUUGAUAUGAAACGAGAGCCUUAAUUUUAUUUAUCGUGUUUCUCGCGCACGAACAAUCCCUCCUAAAGCGGACCAAGGCAGCCAGCAGGUGAUCAGGGAAAGUUAUGAGGUCCUGCUUUAUAUCUGUCAUCGUCGUUCUGAUCCUGACUGAGGUACCCGAUCGUAGCGACAGCAUUUCCCAUAAUAUAGUGAAAGGAUGGGCGCACAAACUGGGCUUCGAGUUGUCACAACUGGGCAAACUCGUGACCAAGGUGGAGAAGUUCAAAGAGAACUACAAGACGGCGGACAUUACACCACGUGACGGAAACGCUCUCGUCCACGAGAUUGCUAAAGACAUCAAGACUAUGAUGGAGUUCAAGAUCUCGGCUAUCAGAAGGAUAAUGGAUGUGGCUGAAAUGUCGGCGUUGUCAUCACCCGACGUGGACCCGCCAAAAUCCUUCGAGUUUAUCGACGCGAAGAAUAAUAGUAUUAAUCUUGAGUAUAGUCCUCACUUCGGUGGUGACGUGAACCUCAAUAUGUCAGCGGUGCACGUACCCACGAAUGUGUAUGAACGCGCUUCGAAUGUCAUCCGAGCGAUUAAGUGGUCCGAGGAACUCGAUCGUACUUUCAUCAAUAAUUAUGAGCAUGAUCCAUCAUUGUCCUGGCAAUACUUCGGCAGCGCGACUGGUUUCAUGCGGCAAUACCCUGCCACGAAUUGGUACAUGGAGUCAGUGGAUCUAUUCGACUGCAGGACAAGGAGCUGGUACAUUGAAGCGGCCACCAGUCCAAAGGAUGUUCUUAUUCUGAUGGACACGUCCGGUAGCAUGACUGGUAUACGACGGGAGAUCGCUAAGCACGUUAUAAAUAACAUACUUGAUACCCUUGGUAACAAUGACUUCGUCAAUAUCAUUACAUUCUCUAACGAAACUAAAGAGGUAGUAUCAUGCUUCGAUGGCACCCUGGUCCAGGCAAAUCUGGCAAACGUACGCGAGCUGAAGAGAGCCAUUUCGAAUCUCAAUACAGAGAGGAUCGCCAACUUCUCCCUGGCCUUGACGACUGCUUUUGAGUUACUCGAAACAUUCCGCAACGAGCGGGAAGGUGCAAGAUGCAAUCAGGCAAUCAUGCUAAUCACCGAUGGUGUACCGUACAAUUACAAGGAUAUUUUUGAGGCAUAUAAUUGGAAGGAUAAUCUAAACGAGCCAUUGAAGGCUGAUAUGCCCGUUAGAGUAUUUACUUAUCUAAUCGGUCGAGAGGUUGCAGAUGUGCGGGAAGUGCAAUGGAUGGCUUGCGCCAAUAGAGGGUACUAUGUACAUUUGUGUACGCCGGCGGAAGUCAGAGAAGAGGUGUUGAAGUAUGUACCGGUGAUGGCGAGGCCCUUAGUGCUAGGUCGCACGGACCAUCCUACUAUCUGGACACCCGUCUAUGCCGACGUGACUGAUCCAAAAAUGACCGAUUGGUUGUGGGAGCAGCGCGAAAAUAACGAACAGAAGAAGCGCUUCUUGCUGUACCAAAGAAAUAAGAAGUUUCUCAACUCAGAGGAACAGGAUCGACGAUAUGUGAGCAAUCAGAAAUGGCGGUAUGAUCAGAUCGAUCAGACCGAUGAACUGCAGGAAUACAAGCUAAUGACCUCGGUCAGCAUGCCGGUGUUCGAUCGACGUGAUAACGCGAACAUCACAAGGCAGGUGCUGGUGAAUGAAGCAUACUGGGUGACAGAAACAAGAGAGACAAUGAUUGCCAAUCUACUCGGUGUUGCCGGCACGGACGUACCAAUCGACGAAAUUGAGAAAUUGAUGAUUCCACAUAUGCUCGGCGUUAACGGUUACGCUUUCAUUGUGACGAACAAUGGUUUCAUCUUGAUUCAUCCUGAUCUUCGACCAGUGUUUCAGGGUAUCUUAAAGCCGGCAUAUAAUAGCGUCGAUAUGGCGGAAGUUGAGCUAAUGGAUCACGAUAUGGGCCCCAGAGAAUUUGACGAAGGAAUCAUUAUGCUUCGCAACAAUGUGGUGAAUCAAAUGAAUGGUAGCGCAACGCUUUAUACAAAAUAUCAUUACGAUGAUAUGAAACGUGUCGGCAGAGUAAAAAGAAAAUACGAUUACGCGGGAAUAAUGGACACUCCGUUUACGGUAGUGGUCAGUUUGCCCGACCACGAUCAUGCUGGAAAUUAUCGCGUACACGCUACCGAGGAGAUACAUCGAUCUCACGCUAAAGGUACACAUUUCAUUUUAGCGAAUUAUCUUACAGCGACGAAAGCUUCCAAUAACACAAUAUUAUUAGAUUAUUUAUAUUGCAAGUAUCAUUACGAGGGUGAACAUAGGUUCAAUUCCUCGGAAUCACAGCUCCUACAUUUUCUGGAGCGUACCCGCCUACCAGGCUGGAAGUGGAUCGACAUGAAGCAACGAUCCAAACCGCCAGAACACUCCGCUACGAGUUCCAAUCACAGCUCUAAUCCUAAGCCCUACAAGGCCGAGAACAAGAAUUUAUACUUUUGUGACAGGAAUCUGCUGCUCAGUCUAGUAUACGAUGCUAAGGUAACCGAGUGGUUUGCCCAGCAAAUCCCACCAAAUCCCAGCACCAAGGAAUCAGGACCUUUAGCUAGGCUGAUGAAUCAGAUGACCAGGAAGCAGUUCAAACAACGCUUUGGGGUAGUCCUGGCGUUUAUGGCUACACAUAACGGAUUGACCAGAUGGCAAGACUUUCUUCGAGUAGAUGAGAAUAUGUCGCUGCCGGAGAAUCAUUUCAGUAAAUUGUAUCCUCGUGCUAUCGACGAAGUGUGGUAUAAACGAGCGGUCGAGCAGCACUACAUAAAUGAGGACAGUUUCGUUUUUUCCGUACCGCUCGAAGAUAAGGGUGCCAACAACUCCACUUUAGUCACUGCCAGUCGUGCUGUAUUUAUUGAAAACGCGAAGGGGAAGGCGCCAGCUAUGGUGGUCGGCUUUCAAUUCCAGCACACUGCCUUGCAAAGGCUUUUCCAGAACAUAACAUUUAACUGCGAUGGUAAUUGCCAUAAACACUGCGGCGAUGAAAUCUGGGCAUGUUAUCUCAUCGACAAUAACGGCUACAUAAUCGUCGCCGAGGAUGAGAGGGACGCCGGUAAAUUUUUUGGUGAUGUCAGAGGUCCGAUAAUGGCUAGCUUAGUCAGGGAUGGUGUCUUUGAGAAGAUAAGAAUCUUUGAUUAUCAGGCGGUGUGCUUCAAAAGUCAACAAACCAACAACGCCGGCAACAUUCUUCUUACUCCAUGGAAGCAUUUGCAGACAGCACUGUCGUGGAUGAUCGGUCAAGCUGCUUGGGCUUGGGCAAGGACGGGAAUAUUGGAUUAUGAAAACGCGGAAGCAUAUAGCUACGAUGAAUCAGCCGUUCAUAGUGAUGACCACGAGAGUGAAGAGAAACUUCCGCCAGUCACUGACAAAGACGAUAGAUUAAACUUUGAUCAAAAUGUUCUGAUCAAUCGUACACGCCCGGAAGUGUGCGAUCAAGAGAUAUACUUGUACAUGCGAAACGCCUCGUUUGACUCGUAUGACAUGGACAUGGAUUGCGAGCAUAGAUGGUACAUGGUACAGUCGGUGACUUACAGCAAUAUGCUGUUGGUGGUGCUAAAUACCAAUUGUGGAGACACGACGUCACCGAUACUGAGUGUCAAGCCCGAGGAGGUAAUUUAUGAGAAUAAUACGCUGGUUUGUCAGAAAGCACUCACCGGUCUCAAGCGAAAACGGCCACAGUCUUGUAUACGUUCGAAUCCUCGCGAGAGCGAUAUCAAGGAUCAGUGCGGUUUGGCGACAAGCGCCAAGUCGAACUUGUUUCUCUUGAUAUUGCUGCUGAUAUGUGCACUGGCCGAAAAGAGCAUCUUCCUCCUUGGUUAAGAUCGACCUGAUUUUGUAGUUAACAAUUGGUGUCAAGCUAAUCAACAAUGAAAUUCAUGAUAUGCCGCGAAUUGAAACUUUCGCCUGAUGGAGUGUACUAUUGUGCAUCCAGUUGUCUUGUCCGACGAUCAGGAUUGCUACAUAACGCAUAUUUAAACGAUGUUCUAUUUAUUCGUUAAUUUCUUUAAUCAAUGAAUUGUUUUUUCCUGCACGAUUUAAGAUUCAUAUAAUUAUAUUUAAUUUGAAAACAAGAGGAAAUCUGAGUAAAUGGAGAAUUUAGUAAGAGAGAAAUAAUGAAAGUAAACUAUAACUCUUUCUCUCUUUUUCCAAAAUAUAUUAAAUUUCAUUAUCCUCUCUCCAAUAUAUCAAUCCUGAUCAUGAGUACUUUGAGAUAUUUUGUGCUCUCUCAUUACUGCAAUCUUGUUACUAUAAAUACGAGCGCAGUCGAGUUCUAGACGAAUUUAAUUUGCUAUUCCCGAUCUCCCCCUUCCCUGUCCAGUUUCUAUGCGAUCAAUCAAAUGUGGCGAACGCAAUUGAUAUCAAAAUGUGUGCUAAGAUACAAAAUUGUUCUCCAUCGUCAUCGAUCGUC